AUGGCUCUGCUGUGCCUCCUCUGCCAACAAACGCCGCGCCGUUCUAGGAAUCGACGUAGGCACUUCAGCGACAAAAGCGGCGCUUUGCUUCAUCGAUCAGAACGGAAGGCUCGGCCCAAUAUCUCGCGUUGCUCAUGA